GGAGGUAACCAAGCUGCUAUAAAGAAGAAAAACACUUUGACCAUUGUGCUGCUGGGACAGACAGGAAGUGGAAAGAGCGCUACCGGAAACACCAUCCUGAGAAAUCGUCAUUUUGAAUCACGUGCCAGUUCUGUGCCAGUAACACAGGUGUGCCAGAUAGCAGAGAAAACUGUUUGUGGAAUCAAGAUCAGGGUCAUUGACACCCCAGAUUUCUUUGAUGAAGACCUAAAAAACCAACAAGAACAGAUAAAGAAGUGCAAGAAACUCGGGCACCCAGGGCCUGACGUGUAUUUGCUGGUCAUGGAGCUUGGCCGUUACACAGAUGGAGAGAGAGAGAUAUUUCAGAACAUACAGAGAGCGUUUGGUGCGGACGUGGUAAAAGAAACCAUCGUUCUGUUCACUAGAAAGGAGAAAUUAAGAGGGAAAACUGUAUCAGAAUACAUUAAAAACACUGACACCCAACUGCAAGAGCUGAUCCAAAACUGUGGGUCAAGGUGUCAUGCUUUUAACAACAAUGACCACAAUGUUUCUCAGGUCGAGAGACUAUUAGAGAUGAUUUUGGAAAUGAAGAGGAAAAAUGGAAAUCCGGACAUUUUAGAACACUACUCAUAUUCUAAAGAAUCAGAGAAAAAAGAUUGCAGAAUCCAGUAGACACUGGCAAACGAUUACUGUGAUAGUUGUUCAAAACUGAUUCAUUGUCUUUUGUUCUGUGCUAGUAGUUUAAUUUAAAACCAUGUUUAGUUAAUUUUUACUACAAUCAAAUAUAAAAAGUACAUCAUUAUGUUGCAUGUCAAUACUUUACAUGUACAAAAUAAAGAUAUUUUCUUUAAAAAGCUCA